UUUUUUUUUUUUCCUUUAUCUCAACUCGCUUAAUAAAUCACCAUUUGACUGAAACAUGACACCUCCUUUUUAUUAUACAGUAAAUGUGGAUUGUCUUUGUCAAACAAGUCGUCGACCUUUCCAUCUCGAUUUACGAUUCCCUCCCACCAUCGACACUACAUUGACUCGUCAGGUUGAACAAAAAGCCCAAGUCAAACGAGAUUCUUUACUUACCCAGCGGCGCUUCAAACUGCAUCAACGUUUCUUACAAGUCCAACGUACUGUUCAACAAGUCAAAGCGAGACGAGAACAACAAGCUAUCUUAUUCUUACAAUCCUUGGAAAACGCUGAACGUAAUCGCAUUGAUCAAUUGGAACAACGUCGUAUUAUCAAUAAACAAUUGGUGGAUAGGGCUAAAUCUAUUGCACAUCAACAUCGAUCUCAAUCCAAAGCUGAAAGUGAAAGGCGUCGUCUUGAAUUAGAACAAAGAUUAGAAGCCUCUGAAAUCCGAAGAUUAAAUUAUUUGGGACUUUCCAAACCAACUGGCAUGAAUUCACCAUCUACUUCAUCAUCGGCUCGGCCAUCGGCUUCUUCCGACAAUCAUAAACAAAGACCUUCUUUGGCUAGUCUCCUUCAUUCUUAUCAUCAUCUUGGUCUUCCUGUCUAUAGUCAACAUACUUCUUGGUUGGAUUUUCAAGCUCUUUCCCAUUUGAUUCGACAACAAGAUGUGAUCUCUAUUGUAGGCAAGUUAUUGACCUUUGUUUUGGAUAAAGAUACUGUGAAACGCAACAACAAAGCUCGAAUCUUCUUAUCUGCUUAUAUGAUGACCAUGUGUCCAAAUGAUAUUCUACAAUCUAUUCCAGAUGAAAACGUAUUGGUGGAAGCUGCUCAUCGAUUAUUAUCCAAUUUUGAAACUUGGGUGGAACAACCAUCUAAACGAGUGACGAAACUGGCCUUGGCAGAAGCUUGGUAUCAUUACUCGAAUCUUUUUGAACAAUGGAAAUGCAAAGAUCGUGAUCAAUUAUUGACGAGCAUGAUGGCAUAUUAUUUGGAAUUGAUGUCAGUUCAACGUACACUUCAACAAGACAAUGAAGAUGGUCGAGACAUUGAUGAUUUAUUAUCUCAACAAAUGCGUCAACUCAAAUUGAAAAUCAAACGAUUAGGUGGGAAACAAGCUUUAGCUAGUUUGAAAGAUCAAAUGUUGACUCCACAACCUGAAGAAGGAAUACAAGAACAAGAAGGACAACAACAAACCAUGGAUUUGGAUGAAUUGUAUCAUUUGACCAAGGAUUUACCUCAGUUACCCCAUUUGACCAAUGCUCAGUUAGCUCAUGAAUUGAUCCUGGAUCCUGAUUUUCAACUUCAACAACAUUCUUCUUCUCCCUUGGAAGAUCGUGUGCGUACCAUGGCUCGUCGUGCUUAUUUCGAUUCUCUUCUUAUUGAUUUGGAUCAUCAACAAUAUCAAUCCACUCUUCUUUUGUUACAUGAUAUUCGAAAGAAAUUGCUAUGUAUGGUAGAAAAGGGUCAAACAGCGUAUGACAUGUUGGAACAAAUGAUGGAUAUGGGAUUGAUAGAACAACAAAUGCAACAUGGAAGUUUUGAUCUUUCUCAUUUAGUGACGACCUUGAUUGAAUGUAUGCGACAUUUAUGUGCACCUAUACGAGAUGAAGCGGUCAACGCACUUUCCAACAAGAACAAUGACAACAACAAUAAGGCAGUGGUAGAGAUAUUGGAAGAUAUGUUACCGUUAUUGGAUGAUAUGAUUUUGGAUGUAGCGAAUUUCAAACUUCGAUCACUACGACCUUAUUUAGCCCCAAUGGCGGUAGCGUAUGAACAAGCCAACUUCAAACACACUCAGUUACCCAACACACGACAAUGGAUUCAGCAAGCAUGGACGGCAUGGCAAAACAAACAAGACCAACGCAACCCAGAGCAAAUCCAACAACCUCGACCAUCCAUUCAAACGUUAUUCCAUGAUGCCAUGUUGACAUGGUUCACUUCUUCCAACCCAGCCGUUACUCCGGAAACUUGGCAAAUGGAUCUACAUCGCUUGAACACUUAUCAUCGACAAACACAACACUUGAUCACCAUCGCCAGUCUAUUGAUGAUCACGAAAAAGAACAAAACAGCUGAUACGCUUUGGACUCUAUUUCAACAAGAUCUUCAACCACCUUCAGCCCAGCAUGUUUUGGCCCAACUCCAUGUCGACAACCCUGUCAUCAAAGCCAUGGUUCAUCGUAUUCUAGCAAGAAAUGAUCCCCUCUAUACUCUAUUGGCCCGUCGCGUGGCAGCUGUUUUGAAAUCCCAAUGGUCUCAUCAUACAUUUGUCUCUGAUGCCGUGUUGACCAGUUCUGGACUUUUGGCUCUCAAAUCUCAAUUACAACAUCUAGCCUCUCGUACUGACGUCUUGUUACAUCAUCAUUUCAAAGUUUAUGGGUCUUGGUAUAGUCAAUGUUUUGAUGAAAUAGUUUAGUUAUCAAUGAAAUAAAGUUUUUUUAGUAUCAAUCAUAUAUAUAUAGAAUAGAUUUUUGAAAAUAGAAGAUUUUAUUCAAUAUAUAUAUAUAUCAAUCGGUAGAAGUAGUGGAAGAUAAUUUAAUAUGGAAUAAUCGAAUUUGAGUGCCUUGCCAAGGA